AUGACUGGUGGUGUUCACGUCAGAGCAGCUGCUGCUGUCCGCACCGCCGUGCUGUGGGUGUCGCUCUGUAUGCUUCUGCAGCACCUGGGCCACCACCCGCAGUUCACGGCAGAAGCGCAGGGACUAGUUCAAGUUAAAAUUUUGAGGUAUUUAACACUUCCUAACAGUGUAUUCUCACUUCUUCCCGGUCAGACGGUCAAUUACGGUAAUUCCUUGACAUUGUGUAAUAUGAAUGGGGCAUUUCUCGCCUCUGGUCAGUCAACUGCUGCACAAAAUACCAUUACUGACCAGAUGAAGGCUGGGAUGCCCACGGGCGAUACCCUCUCAACCACUUACAUGGGUGGGGAUGCAAUGUACACUGUCAACGUUGUCCCGAACCCCGAGCUGAGGUGCACACCAGGGAUUGAAGGUGCUUCAGCUAAUUGUGUCUACCGGUGGAACAUGGGACUUUUUAAAAGCGGUGUAUUUGAUCAAGGUGUUCCAUUUUACCGUGGCUCGCUU